UUCUCUUCAACAAAUCUGCAGUUUACUUAUGCUAACUCUUGGAUUCUGUAUGUGUUUUAUUUUAUAUGUUUCUGUAUGCAUUUUACCCACUGUUUUUUUUCCAGAUACUGCAACAUGCUUUUGUUCUUGACCUUUUAAAAAACUAGUCAUUAUGUUUCACUCUUUCCAAUAUUUCUUUUUGGAUAAUCUGGAUUUUGUAAUUUCUUGAAAACUUCAUCACUUCUUGCGCUGCCAACUUAGCUGUGAUAUUACCGUAAUUUCUAUAGAUUCUGUUCUGACUUUGCAAUCUGUGUUUAUUUCGCAUCUGUUCUUAUUUACCAGAAAGUAUGUUAUACAUCUAUCCCAUACGGCAUACUAUGCAGGAUACCUUUAUUCCUCUUGAGUAAACUUUGCGUUCUAAAAGUUGCUAUUUAACAAUGUUUUUCUUCUCAGAAUAUAUUAUAUUCAUUGUUUCUCUGCAUUCAUCUGUUUCAUAGAUUUUACCAAAGAUUUUGACAGGGUCCGUCUGUAUAAGUUGAAUACGAAUAAUGCAACAAAAGUAAGACUAGGGAAUCAAACAACGGAUAAAAUUGCCAGCUCAGGAGGAAUUAGACAAAGAUACAAUCUUACUUUGUUUCUGUUAUGCAGAUGAUGCAACAAUAAUCGCAGGAACAGAAGAAGGCCUAGAGCGACAACAGCAUCCAUUCUUUCAAGCAAGCCGCAUUCUCCACAUAGCUAUUUACCAAGUCCAUGACUAGGGGAAGACAACUGACGAGACAAUGGCAACAAGAGUCAGAUGGAACUAAAUAACGGGGGCUUAUUUAGAAGCUCAGAACCACCUGGGAGAUCCCUAAAGACAUGGUGAGAUAGCUGGCAUUUCUUAGCAUGGUUAUUUCCGUUAAUAAGACCAAGUUCAUGACUACUCCAAAAGAUCCGGUCAAAUACAAACUUUUCCAAAAAUCGUGCUUCUAAAUAACCCCUCCAACUCAAGACCAACUAGGAGUCCCCCAAAGAUAUGCCGAGAUAGCUGGCAAGUUCAGAAGUAAUAGAUUGGCAGAUGUCCAAUAAGAAUAAGAAGAAGAUCUAGAUCUCUUUAAGAGAUUUUGCAUUCUUAACCUGAUUUUCUUUUUCAGCACCAUUUGCAUUUUCUAAAGUGAAAUAACCAAUUUAAAAAUAUCUUGUUAGUAUGUUUGAGUGAAUGUUGGUUGUUUGGGAUUUAUAAACUUUACAUCAUAUACGUUAACUUCAUAUACUUCGACUAUGGGAGAAAGUAAAAACUUCAUCAAUCGAUAAAAUAACUAUAGCAACUUGUAAAUAAACGUUAGGUUGGGUAAGAUUUUUGGCAGAUAGGCGAAAAUAUCCAGUUGAAAACUUCCAAAUCCUUCCUAAAAAUAUCGGAAACCAUAUAAAUGGAUGAAUUAAAAGAAAAAGGAAUUCAUCAAACAGCCAUUAAUAUAUGCGAAGAUUUAAAAGAGUCCUCUUCUUAUGCUGCACUUUAUAGAGAAAUUCAAAAAUUAGUUUCUUGCCAAGAAGUGAAAUAUGAAGAUUUUAAAAGAACUUUAUCGAAAGCGAUGAAAGACCAGGGGUUAGAAUGUCAAUUACGAAAUAACGUUUUUCAGUGGGUACGUUUAAAAAAUGCGGAUAUGGCGACGAAUAUGGCGUAUUUAAGGCGAGCUCAAAUAAAUUGGGAUAAACGUAUUCACAAAUCAUUAAAUUCUAUGUGUAAUGAACUUGGAAUCGAUUUAGCUAAGGUGCGAUUUUUAAACGAAAGGGAUGAAUUAGCCGAUAAAUGGAAUGAAAUGAGCAAUUACGACGUUGAUGUUAGCAAAUAUAGGCCGGUUUAUGCACCAAAAGAUUUUUUAGAAGUGCUUUUAAAUCUAAAGGAUCCAUUUUUUGUUCACAAAGAAAAUGAUCCUGAAUGGGAAUUUACCUUUUUACCUUUAGAAGUAAAAGAUUUAGAAGAUUUACGAACUCUUUAUUUAGAAUUUUCAAGAGGUGAGCAAAUUUUAGGUGCUUACACUGGAGCAACGUACGCAGCUUUUGAAGAGGAACGUAUGGCCCUUGGACAAGUGGUUUUGCAAAAAAAUUAUGCGCCAAUUGCUCAAGAAUAUUUAAAAAAAGGUUGUCCAAGAAGUUUGCGUGCAAAGAUGUGGUCGUUAGUUUUAGGAGUUGGUUGCAAAUUUAAUGAACAAGAUUAUUUUCAUAACUUAAAAAAACAUGUUUUUUUGUACGAUUUAAUGAUAGAUAAAUUAAUUAUAAAAGACAUUCAAUUAACUACAUCAAACGACGAUCAAUAUUUUGUUUUUGAAGAUGUAUUGUAUCAAGUUAUGUUGUGUUUUUCACGGGAUACUUGUAUCAUAAAACAUUUAAAAAACCAACCAGGUUAUAUGCAGGUCGUCCUUAAAAAUAAACCUCACACCCCCGAAAACAUUAUGGCUUUUCCACCGAGUGGAGUGAUUCCAUUUCAUGGAUUUACAAUGUACGCCGCUCCAAUUUGUUACUUAUACUCCGACCCGUCCACAUUAUACUUCGUCUUCAGAGCUUUUUACUUAAGGUAUUGGAACCGUUUACACGUCGUUUGCGAUCAUCCACAAGGAAUUGUAGCUUUGUGUUUACUUUUUGAACGUUUAUUACAAAGUUACGCACCCAAACUGUGGAUACACUUUACGGAAAUUGAUAUUCCUCCGUUAAGGAUCGUGUUUAAAUGGUUAAUGAGAGCUUUCAGCGGGCAUUUACCACCUGAACAAUUAUUACAAUUAUGGGAUAUUGUGUUAGCUUAUGAUUCCUUGGAGGUAAUUCCACUUUUGGCGGUAGUUAUAUUGAUUUUUAGGAAGGACAAUUUGUUACAAGUUACCACAUUGAGUAACAUCGAAGCUGUACUUGCUGACUUAUCGUCAAUUACAGUUAUACCCUUACUUCAAAUGGCCCUUUUAAAGGAGUAAAUUUGUAUUUAAAUGUG